AUGACUGGUCAAUCCAAGCCCGUGCUGUCUCCAUGGGGUAGUGCCGUUGCGGGUGCAACGGGCGCUGUUCUUGCGAAUGCGAUGGUAUACCCUCUUGACCUAGUCAAGACAAAACUACAAGUGCAAGUCAAGGAGAAGAACGGUCCUGCCCCAGCCGAAGACCACGAACAUUAUGAAUCGACAAUGGAUGCUAUCACCAAGAUUGUGGAGAAGGAGGGCCUCGGUGGUCUAUACUCUGGAAUGACUGGAUGUCUUCUGGGUGUUGCCUCAACAAAUUUCGCAUACUUUUAUUGGUACAGCGUGGUAAGGACGCUUUACAUGGCCUCCGCCAAAUCGCAACAGUCCCCCGGUACGGCAAUUGAGCUCUCCCUAGGCGCCGCCGCAGGUGCCGUGGCCCAGAUAUUCACCAUCCCGGUUGCUGUCGUUACGACACGACAGCAAACACAGCCGAAGGGUGAGAAGAAAGGAUUGAUCGAGACGGGCCGCGAGGUGGUCGAGAGCGAGGACGGCUGGUCCGGCCUGUGGCGUGGCCUGAAGGCUAGUUUGAUCCUGGUCGUUAACCCGGCUAUCACCUAUGGCGCAUACCAACGCCUGAAGGAGGUUAUCUUCCCAGGAAAGAAUAACCUCAAGCCUUGGGAAGCAUUCCUGCUCGGUGCCAUGUCCAAGGCUUUGGCUACGAUCGCAACCCAGCCCCUGAUCGUCGCCAAGGUUGGACUGCAGUCUCGUCCCCCGCCUAGCCGCAAUGGCAAGCCAUUCAAGUCCUUUGGUGAGGUCAUGAAGCACAUUGUGGAUAACGAGGGUCUCUUUUCCCUAUUCAAGGGAAUCGGGCCCCAAAUUCUUAAGGGUCUUUUGGUCCAGGGUCUACUGAUGAUGACCAAGGAGAGGAUGGAGCUUCUUUUCAUCGUCUUAUUCGCUUAUCUCAAGAACAUCAAGAAGGAUAAGCUGCGCAAGGCAGUAGAUCUGGCAGCUGCAAAGGCAAAGUCCAGCAUGCCUGCUACUCUGAAAUAA